AUGACAGAAGAAGAAAAGCACAAAAAUACAAAAAUAGAAGGGGAAACCCCUGAGAAGGUCAGAACAAAAGAAGAAAAGAUGAGAACCGCAUAUAAAAUGGUGAAUGAAACACUUUUAAAGGAGCAUAAGUUCUGGUCGGCCGAACCACUUGGUAAGAAGUCGUCUGAUAUGGGCGAUGCACGCUGUGAUAGCAGCAGCCAGAAACCCACAGAAGUAAAAAUACAAGAUAACACUGAUAUAGUCAUUAGAAAGGUAAAUUUACAAACCGAAUUAUCCAGCGUGUGUAAGUUGCUACAGGAUCAUUAUGUAGAGGACAAGGCAUCUAAGUUUAGUCUGCAGUAUUCUGAUGAAUUUAUAAAGUGGCAGCUAGAGUCUCCCUAUGUGUAUCCAGAGUGGAAUGUAGGCAUAUUUAUAGGCGACGAAAUAAUUGGGUUUAUAUCUGCAUGUUCUAUAAAUAUUAGAAUAAAAAAUAACAAGCCAAACACAGCAAUAGUUAACUUUUUAUGUGUACACAGGGAGUACAGGAAAAGGAGGCUGGCUCCAUUGCUUAUUAAGGAAAUAACAAAAGAGGUAAACAGAAAGGGAAUAUUCACUGCACUUUUUACUUCAGGAGAGAAAUUGCCGUAUAUAUUCACUCGGUCUAGGUAUUACCACCGCAUACUUAAAGAAGGAAAUCUUGUAGAAAGUGGGUUCUGUGAUCCAGAAGACAUUGAAAAAAUAACAGAAGAUACAAUUAUUUUUCAAGACUCGCCAACUGUGCACUACCGAAGAAUAACUGAAGAAGAAGUACCUUUGGCUUAUAAAAUGUACUGUGAUAAGUACAGUAAGCCAGACAUAUCUAUAUCCGCAGACUUCACAUUUGAACAGUUUAAGUAUUACGUAUACGGAAGAAAAGGACUUUCUGAUAUGUUAAUAAGCGAAGAUGGAAAAGAGUUUGUUUCUGUGUUUUAUUUAGAGACUAAAACUGCUAUUGGCACAGAAAACAUACGCACAGCAUAUUUGUCAUAUCACACAAUGCAAAAUGGUGUUAAUAGUAUGCUGAGUUUGAUAAAGUAUUUGAAAGACUCAGAUGAGUGUGAUGUUUUAAAUGCAUUGAAUUUAGAGUGUAACACAGAAGAUAUUUUGAUUAAAUCGGGAUUUUUGACUGGAGAUGGAAUUAUCAAUUACUAUCUUUUUAACUGGGAUACAGAAUUAAUCCAACAAUAUAAAAACAGCUUCAUACCGUACUAAGCAGUACACAGUCUGUGCACUGGUUUGCUUAGAUUAAAUAAAUUGUAUGUUG